UUUUAUUAUUAAAAAAUGAACCCUAGCAAUCCCUCUUAUCAAGCUCGUGACAUGCAAGAACAAAUCGAAUCAUUGAAAGAAAUGGUUGAUUCCUUGAAAACAACGAUCAACACUCUUACUGAAACCAUCAGCAAGAUUCCCCAAGUAGUAAAUAUGGCCGUAUCUGUUGCUCUCUCAAAUGGCAACCGUGAAGCCAUGUCAACCAAAAGGGCUACAAUCACUGGAUCGAACAUUGUUCAUGAGCAAGAAAGCGACGAACGCAGGUUCAGGGAGUGCAUUGCACGAGCCAUCCGAUACUAUGAUGCGCAAGAUCGGGCUCAUGGUAUCCAUGGUAAUUGGAACUCCCUAGGUGAAAGAACGAUACCUGUCGUUAAGCCUUACCUUGUUUUUGCCGUGAAGGAGGAGACGGAGAAAUACUUUAGGAGCCUUUCUCACGAAGAUGAAUUCAACUUGGUAGAUCAGACGGAAAGGAAUGCCAUGUUCAAGAAGAAGGCUGAGUUGGCGUACAACAAUACGUUCCAUAUUACGGGUACCUUUUUGAGUGUAUAUUUUGGGAGUAAUUACGGAGUUGAUGGUUACUGUUGGUCGGACCUUAAAAAGCCUAACCAGCAGCAAACCGUCCUCUAUACUCUUGAGCGUAUACUCUACAAUUGGAAAUGUUAUGACGGCCAGCCUGGUAUUCCUACAAGGUCCGGAAGAAUGUUCGACUUGACUGUCAGUAGUCCUGUCGUACCAACUCAUCUGGCAAUAAACAAUUGGAUUUCUAAAAACAUGGUGAUUUACUCCUUGGGAAAUGCCAAAAAGACUGUUAGUAAUAUUGGUGUCUAUAGUUUUAGACCCAAGCCAGAUGGAUUACAAAGUUCUUUAUCCAUGACCAGCUACCUGGACCGGCUUUGUAUGGAAUCAGCUCGUCAGACUGGAUCUUACGAAACCCAACAGGAUGAAGAGGAGGAGCAGGCCAGUCAAGACAUGGAUCACCGAAUGUCAGAUAGGUCGAAAGAACAACAACCAUCGACCGAGGUCCCUCCAUUUUCUAUCGCAGAUGAUGUUGUCUCCUCCCCUCCUCUUCCCCGGCCCUUAUCUUCCCCUCCAGCGCUCUCUAUCUCUUUGCCACACGCUCGACUUUCUCCAUCCUCGUCAUGCUCUGAUUCUGAAGCUCGAAAGAAAGCCAAAAGAAGAUCAGAACGUGAUGGGUUGAUACUGCCCAAUCGUAGUCGUAGCGGGAGAUAG